AUCCGUGUGUCCUCCCCUCCCCCUCCCCCCCCUGCAAGCCUCACUUGGCGAUGAGUGCCCCCUCGAGCGGCGCGCAUUAUGACAGCUACCAUCGGCUGGGCCCAGCCGAUGAGGGCCAGGACGCCGCCACUGAGCCGCUUCUUGACCUGGAGGCUGGCACCCUGGAUGGUGCUCCCGACGCGCCAGGACCCCCGGCCACGCCGCCGGGCUUGGCCCGUUUCCUGUGGGUCCGCCUCUCCCCGGGGGUGACCUCCUCGAAUGCCAUCGGCUUCUACCUGGCCUCCUUCCUCACCAUCAUGUGCUUCACCUUCGUCAACAGCGCCCAAACAUACCUGCUGGAUUCGAUGCUCAACGUGCCCGAGGAGAAGAUCGGCAUCUACACCGGCAACCUGGGCUUCUACAGCGAGCUGGCCAUCAUCCUGCUGGUUACUCCGUGGGGGGCCUUCUCCGACGCGGCUGGCCGUCGCAUCACCUUCGUCCUGGGCCUGACCCUGAUGGCCUUCGCUUUCAUCAUGUUCCCCUUUGCCCCGACCUACAGCAUCCUGGUGGCCGUUCGCAUGUUCUACGCCCUCGGUGCCUCGGCCGCGGCCCCCUGCCUUACCAGCACCCUCAGUGAUUACAUCUGGCGCGAGGACAAAGGAUCGGCCAGUGGCAUCCUGGGCUUCUUCUCCGGCCUCGGGGCCCUGACGGCGGUCUUUGUCUUUCUGCGCAUCGCCGAUCUGAGUGAGGAUGCUCGCGGUACUGACGGUGCCGGCGUGGCCAUGUACCUGUGCACCGCACUGUCGGUCUUCCUGCUGACCAUGGUCGUGCUGGUGCUGCUUCAGCCGAUCACUUCGCAGCGGCACUCGGCCACCGCCACCUGCCCACCGGCCCCGAGCAAGACGCAGGAGCAGGAGCAGCAGGCCCAGCGGCAGCGCGACUCGGAUGGCAUCUCCGAGCCCAAGGCGGGCUCUUUCCAAAAUCCCUCCUCCUCACCGCUGGCCCCCUCCUCGCCGGAUCUGUGCCACUGUGAGAAUGACCUGCCUCCUGGGUCCGGCGUUGGCGAGGCGGCGGCGGCGGCGUCGUCACCACCGCCGACCACCCUCGGCCGUCUGCGCGCUUUCAUGCCUUUCGACACUUGGCUUGAGGGGAUGCGCGCCGGCGCGUCGGAUCCCCGCCUGGCUCUCGGGUUCCUGGCCGGGCUCGUUGCUCGCGGGGACUCGCUCGUCCUGACGACCUUCCUGUCGCUGUGGGUUUAUGACUAUGCCACGGAGAACAGCGGCCUGACGCCCGGCGAAGCCAGCGCCCUGGCCGGGCAAAUUAGCGGCAUCGCACAAACCUGCGCCCUGGCUUUCAGCCUGGUGGCCGGCUGGCUGUCCACCCGCCUGGACCCGGUCCUGUCGCUGCUGCUCCAGUCGAUGAUCGCUGUCGUCGGCUACUCGGCCAUGGCGAUGCUCACCGACCCGACGGAUACCAUGGCCCUGGUGUUUGCGUGUGUUCUGGGCGUCGGGGAGAUCGGCAUCAUCGUGUCGGCACAGGCCCUGGUCACGCGCCGUGCGCCGUCCGGCAUCCGUGGCGCCGUGGCCGGGACCUACAGCCUCUUCGGCUCGGUGGGCAUCCUCCUGUGCAGCAAGCUGGGCGGGUAUCUGUACGAUGUGUGGCGCCCGAGUGCGCCGUUCGCCAUCUUCGCCUUCUUCAAUGGGCUGGUUGUGGUGUGUGCCGGUGCGCUGUCUCUGUACGAGCGUGUGUACGGGCCCCGGGGCCAGACCCCCUGGGUGGCCGAGCUGCCGGAUGCCGUGACCCCGGCCACGGAGAAGCCCCCCAGGGAGGAGCACUGAUGGCCAUGCUUUUUCCAUGGCCCUGGCCGCGCUUUUCCGGCCCCCCUCCUCUCGCGCCUUUUUCUUGCGCACAUGUGCGCGCACCUGCGCUCCAGCAUGCCCGCACCCCCCCCCC